GGUUGUGUGUAAUGGAGGCUGAGUAACCGUGGGGGAGAUAAAGGCCGUUUGUCCUUGGCUUGAGCCCUGUCUCUGACUGUCUGUGUGUAUAUAGAUGUGUGAGUGAGUGAGUGGAAGAAAAAGCUGCUUAUUUAUUUGUCUUUCUUUCUUUGGGAAGACUCUCGUCUUGUUCAAAUCUUUUUUUUAAAACAAAAAGGCUGGGAAAAAUGGAGAUGAAGAAAAGGAUCAAACUGGAGCUGAGAAACAGGAACCCAGGCGAGGUUGCAGAGCUAGUAAUCGACAACUGUCGCAGCAACGAAGGGGAGAUUGAUGGCUUUGAUGACGGAUUUAAGGAGCUAGAGUAUCUCAGUAUGAUCAAUGUGGGACUCAAGUCUCUCGCUAAACUUCCAAACCUGCACAAACUCUUGAAGCUGGAGCUCAGCGAUAACUCCAUCUCGGGAGGACUGGAAUUACUAACAGAGAAAUGUCCCAACCUUGUGUACCUCAACCUCAGCAGCAAUAAAAUCAAAGACUACAGCACAGUGGAGCCACUGAAAAACCUGACUCACUUAAAGAGCUUGGACCUGUAUAACUGUGACAUCUCUAAUCCAAGUGACUACAGGGAGAGCAUCUUCAAGCUGCUUCCUCACAUUACUUACUUGGAUGGCUUUGAUCGAGAUGACCAAGAGGCCCCAGAGUCUGAUGAAGAGGGUGAGGAUGAUGAUGACGAAGCUGGUGCUGCUGAAGAAUAUUAUGAUGAAGAGCUUGAUGAUGAGGAUGAAGAGGAGGAAGAGGAUGGUGAACCACCAGGGGAGGUUGGACUGUCCUAUCUUCUGAAAGAAGAAAUUCAGGAUGAUGACGAUGAUGAUGAUUAUGUUCAUGAAGGAGAAGAAGAAGAGGCAGAUGAGCAAGAGGAUGCUGCCACUCAAGGACAGAAGCGAAAACGAGAGGCAGAAGACGAAGGCGAGGAUGAUGAGUAAUUCCCUCCAACUGUGACCAAACUCCUGUUGUUUCAUCACAAUACAACUUUGUUGGAUUCUUGCUAUUCUUUAGAUGUAACUGUCACAAUGGGAGUUGAAGGGGGAGGGAGAUGGUAGGGGACAGGAGGGAAGGGAGUGUCCUGGGGAAGGGAAAUAUUUUAUUUUGUACUUUUUGAAACCAUUCCAGUUUUACUGGGAGUGUUCUAGGUGCAUUUGUGUAGCCUUUUUUUUUCACAAUUCCUUUCCAUGGGAAUCUCUUGAUUUGUACUUUUUAAUGAAGUGCAUGCAGGGAUCCUUUCAAAAAAUUUGAACUAGUUUAUUUCCUGUGAUAUUGCACAUGGGAUUUGAAGCUAGUUUAAAAAAAGGGGGACAAGAAUAGACCAGAAAGUUCUGUAUUGACUAAUUUCCAUUUCUCAAAUUUGCAUCCAAGCUUGUGUAAACUUGUCAUACUGUAAUUACUUUCCAUAUCAGUGGAGGAACUGCAGUCCAUUGUUGACAUUAUUUAUAGCAUGAGCCUGCAUGGGAAAUUUUCAGUAAUAUUUGGACAUAUACAUUUCCCAUCAAUUCCUAAUGAAAGUGCACUCAGUUUUUUUAACCCAUUUAUACAUUACCUUGUAAUCUUGAUUCUCGUGUUCUGCUGCCAAGCUUUUUUUUUCUUGCGGAGAUGCCCUCACUUGGGACAACUACCAGUUUUCUAAAUUUGGUUGAAAUUGUGUCAAGGGAUGAAAAGAAGACGUUGGCAGGAAUUAAUUCCUCUUAUUUCAGAACCUCCAUUUCUGAAGAAGCUUUGAGUGGAAUGGGUUGAAUACUCUCCACUUGCCCCGAGAGUAAGGUCAGCUCAAUAGAUGGACAUUAGACCAAACCGUUCUGUUGGUGCCUGUAUAAGGUCCCUCCAUUAACACUUUCCUGCUGGCUAAUGUUUAAAAUGUCUUGUUAUUCCUUAAGGCCCCUGAUUUAGAGUCUGAUCUGCUGGAAAUGAACAUGGAGUUUUUGUUAGGUGGUAAGGGCACUAGUUUGGGGACAACUGACAGUAUCGGUUGCAGUUUGUGCGAGAAUCAUCGCAAUAACUUCAGUGGCUGAAAAAUUUUAAUCCGGUGACUCAAUUUAAUUUGUUUCUGAAGGUAUUUUUAUGAUCCUGCCAAGUUAACAGUUGGGUAGACAGGCAGGAAGCUGGAAGAACACAGCAAGCCAGGUGGCAUCAUGAGGUAGCAAAGUAGACAUGAAGGGUUUACACCAAGAUAUCAACUUCUCCACCUUCUGAAGCUGCCUGCCUUGCUGUGUUCUUCAGGCUCCUGCCUGUCUACUUUAGAUUGCAGCAUCUGCAGCUUUUUGUCUCUAACUAUGUUAAGUGCUGGGAGCAUCUCAACCUGUCUUGAGGAUAAGGGAAGGACCUCCGAACAUAUCUUUAUACUGUCUCAACAUUCAACUAAAUUAUUUUAAUGGAACUGGAUUUUACGGUGGGUUAAGAUAUUAUGUACAGCUGGGUGUAAUUUGGGUGUUUUUUUUAAUGUAGAUACUGGCAUGAAUGCUGUCAUCUCCCUUCAACUCCCAUCAGCAAAAUGCAUUUUAACUAUAAAACCAUUGCUCAGAAUUCUUUUUGUAGAUGCAGACAGUUAUUCACUUGUAGGGGUGGGUUUUGUAUUUGUAGAUCUUGUGGUUUUUAGCCAUACCUAUGAAUAAGCACUUUCAGAAUUUAUUUUCCAAGAUUGACAAAUUUGGGGGUUAAAAUCUGAUCAAGAAAAGCUGUUGGUGACUUGGGGGCAAAAGCAAAAUACUGUGGAUGCUGGAAAUCUGAAAUAAAAACAGAACCUGCUGAAAGUAUUCAGCACAUCCGACAGUGUUUGUGGAAAGAGGAAUCAGAAUAAGUUUCAGAUUGGAGGCUUUUAACCCACAAAGGGAAUUGUGUGAUCUUGAUGUGUUGUGUGCCCAAGAUUUGGUACUUGAAUUUUGUUCUCUCCUGAAGGAGAGCUCCAGUGGGGGGAAGCGCUGAGGUGGGUAGUCUGGACACCCUCUACAUUUUGUGCAUUAGCUUAAUUAGCAAAUGAAGGAUGUGACCUCUGUCUUGUUCUUUCUUUUUAUUUUCAUCUCUGGAAUGGUUGUUUAGUGGUCCUUUUUUUUUUGGUGGGGGUGAGUGCAGUUUUUAUUCUGUACCUCCUCUCAUGUCAAUCUGGUUAAUAAUUCUGCCCGUGUUACCAUUUCCUUUUCCCACCUACAUAAAUAAAUUCUGAUAGUGCUUCAAUUGUAACACUCCCGUUUUUUAAAAAAGACAAUUUGUAAAUAGUCUGUUUGGUCUGCUUUUUAAAAAAAAAGUCCCCUUUUGUGUUUUAAGUUGUAUUUGGAAUAGUAGUUUUUUAUUUUUGGGUUUAGAAUAUACUGUAUUUGGAUGAAGCCAUGGUAGAAUUUUUAAAUUUGGAACAAUGAAUUGGAGCAUCGUUUUGCUUCAGCAUAUAUCUGAACCAGAGCAGUUACACUGCGGUGGUCUGUGAAUGUUUCCCAAGUUGCUUUUUCUAGGGAUAUUCCCAGGACAUGCACCCUGCUAUGUUCCCACUUAAACUGUUCCCCUUUCAUGCUGAUGAUUUUUUUUUUCCCUUUUCUCAAUUAGAAUAAUAUGAACAACAUUUUGUGAAACGUUUUAGAAAUGCAUACAGACGUGUUCUGUAUUUAUAACUCUCUCCUCCUAUGUUUUGCUCUUCCACACCCUCCAAACAUAGCUUUCCUUUUUACCCUGUAUUUUUAAUUAUGGGGGUGGUAUUUUAGCCAUUGAUAAAGCCUCCUGGGAACAGCUCUGGGUUUGUUUUGUGCUGUAAACUUAAUGCCGGUUUUUAUAAAUUUAAAGUUGCACACAAUAAAGUUCCAAAAGUUUAA